AUGACUUCACCAGCCCACCAGUCGCAGUAUGGCCUCGAGGGGUACCAGCCAUACGAGCAUCAACAGAACGUGAUUCCCUAUAAUAGGUCGUGGCACAUUGCCAAGAUCGGAAUGCGCAGUUCCAACAUCGUGUUCAAUCUCAUCGUCAUUUCAUUGUCGGUUUACGUUUACGUUUGGACUCACAUUGGCCUGUUCCUGAUUGUGAGCGGCUUUCCGGCCGCGGUAGCUAUGAUUUGGGACGUUGCAGAGCUCAUCACGGUUUGCGCGAGGGGUGGCAAGCGGGGAAUACAUCCAGGCGCUCACGUCGGCCUACACCUUAUCUUCUGGCUCAUCUUCGCCGCAGCGGUUGGUAUCCAGAGCGCAUACAUCUACAUUCGCGACGAGCCCUACUCUAGCACCGGUCGGCGGUUCUGGUUCAUCAGAAAGAAUCUUAUACCGAUGCAGAACACAGUGCUCGCCUUUACCGUUCUCUUGCUAAUCAACCACUUCACUCUCUUCGUCAGGGCCUGCGUCGAGACCAACCAACGCAAUCGCAGAGCGCCUGUGUUCAUGGUGCCCAUCAGCGCACCUCCAAUGCAGCCUCAUAUGGUUGCGGGAGCGUACGUGCCUUACCCUCAUCAACCUCAGCAAGCAUAUAGCCCGGCACAGCAGAACAUGGCAUCGCAAAACAUGGCACCGCAAAACUUGGGACAGCAGAACAUGACACAGAGAACUGAGUUCUACACGCCACCAGGACCCGAUGGAACAUACUACGCCCCCACCGGAUAG